AAGAGAACAUUUUAAACUUUACAGCCAGAUUGUCAGUUGGCAACACGCACAUCGCAAACCGCUUCCAAUGUUCACUCUCCAGUACUGAAAAUAAAACGUUUUGCAUUUGGAUUGUAUUUGCGAUCACCGAGUUUCAGGGAAACUUUGUGUAAUCGUUUACUGUCACUCUUCUUUCAGUGAGCAGUGCGAGAGCGAGAGAUUAAGAGGAGCCACAUGCUCAAGUUCACUCUGUAACGUUUCUGCAUUAUUGAAUUAAUCACAUCUCGGAUCCUCUUUCGCGCAUCACUCUGUUCUCCGGGAUUUAAUCCGAUUUCAUUUGACGAGCGGAUAACCUUUGCUGUUUGUACGCUACGAUGGCGGAUCACGGGGAUAAGGUCCAGCGAACGGAGGCCCACAUUACACUGGAUCAGCCGCCGCAUCCCAGUGCGGAGCAGAAGCUUGACCAGGCCAAACAAGAAGCGGGCGCGGCGGUGCAGCACACCAAGGAGGCGGCGGCGCUGAAAGCGGACGAAGUCAAACACGCAGCCGAGCAGAAGAAGGAAGAGGUGAAGGAGGGCGUCCAGCAGGCUGCGGCCACCGUGGCGCACAAGGCCGAGGAGACCAAGCAUGCUGCCGCGCAGGCUAUCCAUGAUUCCACGCAGAAAGCCCACGAAUCCUUGGAGCAUGCCAAGGCUGCGGCGCAUGAGAAAAAGGAGGAAGUGAAGCACGAUGUGAACCAAGCCGUGGAUGCCGGAGUGCACAAGGCACAUGAAGCAAAAGACGCCGCGGCCACCGCACUUCAUAAUGCCGCAGAAUCCGGGAAGCAGACCAUUGAAGGUAUUAAACAGGAAGCUCAUGAAGUGAAAGAGGAUGUCAAAGCCAAAGCCGCCGAUGUUGCCCAUGAUGCUCAUGUCAAAGCCGAACAUGCCAAAGAGCAGGUCAAGGAAACAGCGCACAACAUUCAACAAGGAGCGCAGCAUGCUGCAGAUGCUGCUGCACAGAAAGCGCAUGAAGUUGCCGGAGCGGUGCAGCAAGGUGUCCACGACGCCAAGCAGCAGGCCCAUGAAAUCAAGGAAGAUGUGAAACAUAAAGCCGAAGAAAAAGCGGAAGCGGUGAAGGAAGGUGUGCAAAACACCGCCGAUGCCACCGCCCAGAAAGCCCAUGAAUUAUCCGAUGCGGCCAAACAAACCGCCCAUGACGCGAAGGAAGCUGUGAAAGAAAAGACAAACCAAGCCGUCGAUGCUACACUCCAAGCCGCGCACGACGUCAAAGUCGCUGCGGAGGAGAAAAAGGAAGAAGUCAAACAGAAUGUCAGUGAAGCGGUGGAUGCCGCCAAACAAACCGCACACGAUGUCAAGGAUGCCGCUGUGGCUAAGAAGGAAGAAAUCAAGCAGGAUGUGAAUGCCGCGGUGGCAGCGGCCCAGGAGACAGCGCAGGACGUGAAGGCAGCAGCCGUUGAGAAAAAGGAGGAAAUCAAGAAAGACGUGAACGAAGCAAUUGACGCCGCUAAACAAACAGUCCAUGAUGUGAAGGAGGCAGCCGUUGAAAAGAAGGAAGAAAUUAAAAAGGAUAUCGCGGAUGCCGCCGCGACAGUAAAGGAGGGCGCAAAGGAAGCUGUGGAUGUGGCCGCCGAGAAGGCUGGCGAGGUGAAGGAAGCGGUUGUGGAAGGAGCCGCUUCGGCCAAAGAUAUGGUUGUCGGAGCCGCCGUUGCUGCCGGACAUGCCGUUGCCGAUACCGCUGCUGCAGCCGGUCAUGCCGUCGUGGAAGGAGCGGCGACCGUGGCCGGUGCUGCCGCCGCUGCUGGCCAUGUUGUCGCCGAUGCCGGUGCUGCAGCCGGUCAUUUUGUGGCCGAUAAGGCCGCAGUUGCCGGCCACAUGGCCGUGGAAGGCGCUGCCACCGUUGCGGGCGCUGCCAUUGCCGCCAAAGACCUGGUCGUAGCGGGCGCCGUGGCCACCAAGGACGCCGUCGUUCACGGCGCGGAAACCGCGGUCCAAAAGGCCCAGGAGGGGGUGCAUCUGGUGGCCCAGUCCGUGCAGGACGCGGCAGCGGCUGUCACCCACACCGCACAUGAUGCCAAAGUCACGGUCGAGCAGAAGGUGGAAGAUGUCAAGGUGGCAGCGGAUGAGAAGUCCAAAGAAGCGGCACAAGCGGCUAUCGAUAAGACCCGUUCAGCCACGGAUGCCGCUCAUGAUAAAGUGCAGACGGGGCUGGACAAUGCUGAAGCGCAUGUACAGGAUCAAAAAUCGUUUCUGCAGCAGGCAAAGGAGGGCGUUGUGCACGCGGUGGAGGCUGUGAAGGAUGCUAUUUUAGGCGCUCCGGCUCCUGUUGCUCCUCCGGCUGACGCCCCUUCGACAAUUCCAGGGGUUCAUGUGGAACCCCAGGCCCAUGUUCUUCUGGAACGUGAUGAACGAGUGGUCACUACCACCGAGCCGGGACAUGUCGUCCACGCCGAACCACCCCCAACAGCUUAAACAAACGGCAGACCAUCGUCUAGGAGGCUUUUUUUAAGCAAUGGUCUGCUCUUCACGCUUCAGUAACUGAAACGAGGUUGAAUCUUGGUUUUUUUUGUGAAUCGUCGUCUUCGGUGGCUUCCGUUCAACAGUUCCUUGUGGAUUCCCGCAUGCUUUGGGAUCCGCAUUAACUCUUUACUAUUGCUCGAAAUCCCAUGCCGCUUCUGAUUGUACAAUGCUCAUCAAAUGCCGCUGUGUACAUUUUUAUAUCUGUACAGAGUUGUGAAAGCACAGUGUUAAAAGGAAAAUCAUUUUUGGCAGUUUUGUUUCGCUUAAUAAAAUUUGCUGUUGCCUGAA